CAUCAAAACAGCAAACCUCGUUAGAUUGCCGAACGCGAUUAGACUAUUUAAACCCCGAGGGAGGCAAAUUGUUUGUCUUUUCUUGGACAUGAAAGCUUUUUGCUUUUUAGUGGCUGCCGUUAUGGAUCAAAUGAUGCUGACUCCCACUGAGUUCCAGUUAGCUCAGGAGAGGAGUUUGAAAUAUCUAGGCACUGCGAAAGUAUACAUCAAUCGGAUUGUCCCACACCCAUCCAUAUCCCGAGAGCUAGAUCCCAAAAAUGUGGAACGGUUGAGUGAGGUCUUCUCUCAUGAUGGCUGUCGACGGCUGGAUAUUCGAAACCACGUUACAGCAGUUGUCUCACGACAGCAUUUGGCUGUGGCGCUCCAAACAGCAGGAGUAACGACUCGCAGCUUAAAGACUAGUCCGCCAGAUCAAUACCCUCUCCUUGAAUUUUCAGUGGGCCAGAUACAGUGCCUUCACGGCCAACAUCGUUUGGCGGCUGCGAAAGAACAGCUCCCACCUCCUGAACAAUGGUGGACGGUUGAUCUCUAUCUCGAUGAUCUUAGUACCAACCUAUUGACGGCGCUUGUGGACGAGUAUUCGAAUGAAAAGAUUCCGAGUGACGGAGAGGUGUAUCUUAAAGUUCGCCAAUACCAAUAUGAAGGGAAUGCGCAUUUCGAGAAUCGAUGGAUGGCACGUCUCUCGCCGAAUAAAGUCAAACGAUUCAAACAGCUUUCUUCCCGAACAGAAAUACGUGCAGCCUUCGACCGACUGCGCAUGAUUCCCGCCUUAUUAUUGCAAGGAAUGAAGUUUGGUUCUCUUCCCAGAGUGCUCGCAACGAGCUGUAACGAGGAAAUCGUUCAUGGGUUAAGUUCAUUGUUGGAGGAGUGGUCUCAUUACUUAAGUUACGAUCGUGAGAAGAUGAUGAAGCUAGACCCGCAGACCGUCGCCAGGCUGCAAGGCAAGGCUCCUGGAGUCUCUUCACAAGAUGCGACAGAAGUGGAAGGCCUAGUUCUUAGUGGUGCAGUGUGUCAAAAUUUCACUUCCGCUGAGCGCAAGUACAUCUGGAAGAGACUCAAAAAGAGGAAAACGAUCAUUUCCUCAUUAGAUCAUUUUUUCCAAAACAUGUGGUACCUUGAGGCAUGCGCAAACUGCAUGAAGCGGCUGGUGGUCCCUAGUAGAGAUCACCCUUCCAUCAAGAUUGCCCUCAUGCACAUUUUCCAACCGGAUCGUGGCAAGCAGUACUGCACUAUCCAAACAUCAGAGAUCGAUUUCCGGCAGCAACCCGGCACUCAAACCGACCGGGCAGAGUUAGGGUAUCGGCAACUUUGGCUCUACGCCAUGCGCCACUAUCCAAAGAUGCCCAGACUGUCUGGGAGUGAUGACUUAUUGGCCAAACCAGAUUGUGAGAAGGCUGACGAAAUGGUUCUACAUGGCUUGGCUGUGCUCGCACAGCGACUCGGGUUUAACUCCCCACUGAUUCAGCAACUAGCCGAGCAGUCGCCCGAUCGCCAGAUGGCACGCGAUGUCUUGCUAAAAGCCCGGCAGCCAGGGAUUUAUCAUUACGACCGUGAGAAUUUUGAAUCUCUUAUAACUCGAAUCUGUGAUUGUUUUUCUGAGGCGAUUCCUCUCGACCAGCAGUCCUCUCAUGAGCUGAUCAGGAACCGAGAACCUAAGCCCAAGGCACGACGUGGCCUUCCACACCGUGAGGACCAGAAGCGGGAUUCUCCGUUCCUCUUUCUCGACAAUUUGAACAGCAACAAUCUGCAUCUUGGCGGCAAAGUAACAACUUUGUUCGUAAGACAAUGUGUUUAUUUUGCCUUCUUUGGUCGCCUGCCAGACUCGCCACCAGUGAGGCCUGUGGGGAGCCCGUCCCUAGGCGAUUCGCGCCCCGGCUCGCCACUCUUUGUUCCCCAGGGUGGCUCGGACUUGGAAAACGUUCCAGCCGUAUCUCCUAACCAGGGAAGGAAUAGGGGCCGGGCUCAUAAGCGCAAUUCUCACGAGGCUGUACGCAAAGAACGACGAGAGCGAAAGCGGAAGAAGGAGCGUCGACAGCAAGAGCGACGGGAGCGACGGGAGCUGCGAGCCGCACGUCGAUCAGAGGCCACUGAGGAUCAGACUCCGAUAAUCCUGGAACCCAUUGAUCUCAAUAUGGAAGAGGCACAGUCUGAUGCCCAAAGUGCAGACAUGUUCUCGCUUGAGAGUCGCGAGGAGUCAAUGGUUGACAAUAUAGAAGAGAAUCACAAUCCCGAGGCGGAAGAAUCAGACCGCUUCCUGAGUGACUUUUACCGCGCUUCAACGGUCACUCACAUAGAAAUCGACGAGCUCCCAGAGGUAGCUUCUCACUGGGACGAUCGAACUCCCCCAGACGGAACGGGAGAGCCCUUUACCAGGGAGGCUCAAUCUCCGAGAGCGAAUGAUGAGCAUAUGGAGUUAGAGCGAGAGCUCGAGUUGACGCUCGACCAUAUGAGCAGGGAAGCUGGGGAGCGGGCGGCGCAGGGAGACUCCGGGGCGGAAAACACCAUCACCACUGAAUCUGCUCCGACAAUAACGCCAAGCGGCCCAGACGAACAGGCUAGCCGAGGCAGGGAGAUAGGGCCAAACGCUCUUACAAAUGCGGCAGAGAUCGCGCAGGCAAGCAAGGAAAGAGGUAAAAGUGUCGCUGAACGAAAUUCUCAGGACGUGGCAAUGGAAGAACCACUCCGACGAGCGAACGAUGCAGAAUCCCGCGUUGCGUCACAAGCGACUGAGCUGGAGAGGGUACGGCAUGCGGGCAUAGGAACCUCAGCAGAUGCCGCAACGCGGAUCUCUCAACUGGAUGAGAGGCCGAUGGAGCACGAGGGUGAGAUGGCGAAAGCCAGUGAAGAUGUUGAGGAAGCUGGUGACGAACAAGUGGACGACAUACUCCAGGCCGACGCGGAACAGAGGACGAUUGCAAACUGGGAGCUGGGUCAGCAAGUGGCUCUUGAGCGAGCGGCGACUUUAGCCCAGUUAGAGGCUGCCGAUUCGCCGGCUAAUAGGGAGGUAGGAUCAAUCAACAAGCAUCGGCCUGUCACUGAGCUUCAUCUGUCGGAUAUUGUAAUGCUGUCGGCUGGACAAACUACUGCGACUAUCAGUGAGGCACCGGCUUCACCGGAACACAACAUCGAUCCACAACCAUUAGAAGAGGUGGCAAAUGAAAGGCCCCCAGUUCAUAGUCAGCAAGCGGGUGCUGCAAAGCAGAGACAGCGGCCGCAAGCGAAACCCAGCAAGAUCCAAAAGAUCUCAACGGCGAAACUGACGGGGCGGGAUGCCAACCACACGACCAUGAGAGUCGAGGCUAUUGACAUUGAACUUGAAGAGGCCUUGGAAAGUCCGCGAUCGGAACGUAUGUCCGUCGAUGAAGGGGCCACAAGGGGGCGCCAGGUUCGCUUCGAUAUCUCUCACGAGGCGGCAGGCUUUGCAGACACUCUGGAAGGGGAGGAUUUGGUGGACCAAAGAUCUCCCCGGACCUCACCGCCUGCGGUUCCGUCAGGCGUAUCGACCUCUGGAGGUCAGACAGGCGAUGUAGCGACGGAAAGUCAAUUGUCCAUGGCCCCAUCUAAUUCGCCUCCAGCUGUCCCUUCCAAGAGUGCCACCCCCCUUCUCCCUGAACGGGCGAAUCUGGCCAGAGCCGGGGGGGCUUUACCUGGCCAUUCUGGAAAACGGCUGAAAGCGAGCACAGCUCGAGCAGAGAAGGUUGUUACUCGGCUUGACUUUGCGGACUGGGAUGGUGAUCUGGCGGAGGCGUCUGAUGAUCGAACGCCACCAGGGACGACAGCGACCACGCAGGGUGAGAGCGAGCGGCGCAGCAGAAAGAAGCUCACGCCUCGAAUUGUGGAACGGCCGGCACAGGAUGUGCGACCGCGUCGGGCAGGGGCGAGUGAUCUACCAGUUACGGUCGUGUUCCGUAUUCGUGACGAGAGCGGCAAUUGGAGGACGGCGCACGAGGUGGUGAUAGAAGGGCCGGACCCGUCGGAGGUGGAACGAGUGGCGAGGAAGGAGGCGAGAAACCGACAGGCUACGUUCUAUGAUAAGAAUGGGCGGAAGCUGACGCCAGCACAGUGUUUUGAGGCAGCGAUUGAGGACGGAAGCAAUAUGAUUUUUAUGCAACUUGGCGGAGACCUAGCGAUGGAUGAGGACACGAUGCGGUCGAUAGCGCGAGAGGCGGAAUUAUAGCGAGAUCAAUGUCAUAUCAAGAUCUCGGUUGUAUGCUCUUGGCCCACGGUGGCCUGCGAGCACUCGAUUCAUAGCCUGUCCUGGUCGUAGGCCCCCCGAGAUACCGAGUGUUAGCCAGGAGGCCCCGCGAGAUACCAGUUGGUUGCCAGGCGGCCCAGCUGGCUCGCGGUCCGCAGCGGCUUGUGAGCCAACACGGACUGCGGUCACAGCAGGCCAUUGGACGGGUGGGUCCCAUGAUCUGUUUCGGCCCGCAAUCGUUUGAAGCUUCGGGUCUCCCGCUCGAGGAGCCGCCUAGCCUUCUUUCCAAUCUCAUCAAUCCUCACUGGCUUACGAUGCGCACAGGCUCCCGAUCCCAGGCUUGCGGACUUUGAUGGGUUGAGAGCCUUGGAAAGAAGUCCUUUGCUGUCAUUAAUCUUACCUAAAUAUUAAUGUUAUUAAUGUAAUGUUCAGCUAUAUCCACGAAUACGAAAAUUCAGUGACUCUCCAG